AAUAACAUUUCGUCACGGGAAGCAAUCCGAACGGCUGUACUCCCGUUGAUUGUAACUUUUCGGUCCCAUCGUAAUAUUCCCGCCGCCGCCCGAAUAUAUUAUGUCACCGACCACAAAAAUAAUAGUCAUUAUAUUUUUGAUGGAAAUAAAGUGUAAAAACGUUGACACAUUUCCGGAAGUUAAAAGUGAACUCGUGACUUCAGUCAAAGGCAACUCGAGAGAAAGUGUCGUUAACUAUUUCAUAUGUUUGAAUUCUUUUAAGUGUAACAGUGAGAUUUUGUGGCGUUGUUUUAAUUUAAAAAUGUGGAAAAAGCGUAAAAGAAUCUGUGCUUUCGUGGCUAAAUAUGUAGGUAAAUCUUUCAAGCCGAGAUUGAAGAGAAAUACAGUGGAAUUCGAUGUCGGGUACGUGAUCCGCGACAAAAGUUCGAAUGAUGAACAGUUCAUCAUUAAGCCAAAAGAAUCUCUAUUAAUUCGAAGAUUUAAGCAGCGCUGGCCUUUAGACCUGUGGCGUCAGUAUGGAUUGUUUACAGACGACUAUAUACAGUACAUAAACCCCCACUGGUUGCGCUUUCCACCCCCCGAGCCUGCGGUGUACUACGUGCUGGGCGGGCUGUAUAUUGCGAUGGCUUUGGCCGGCUGCCUCGGCAACUUUACCGUCGUCUUUAUGUACCAUAGAUGCCGUACACUGCGAACUCCUGGAAAUAUCCUCGUGGCCAACCUAGCUCUUAGCGAUUUUCUGAUGUUAGCAAAGACUCCAAUUUUCAUUUUUAAUUCAUUUAAUCUUGGUCCAGCUUUAGGCAAAUAUGCUUGUGUGGUGUACGGGUUCGCCGGCGGAUUAAGCGGUACGACAUCGAUAGCCACUCUCACUGCCAUUGCUUUGGACCGCUACUGGGCCAUAGUGCAUCCUCUUGAACCUCUGAGGGCACUCACAGCUAUCCGCGCUCGACUGCUCGCGGUCGGUGCCUGGAUCUACGCCGGGAUCUUUGCUACCAUACCAGCCUUAGAUAUUGGAUACGGCCACUAUGUACCUGAAGGUUUUCUAACGAGCUGCAGCUUCGAUUACCUCACUGACGAAAUUCCACCUCGCUAUUUUAUAUUUGCAUUUUUUUGCGCCGGUUGGCUGGCUCCGUUAUGCAUAAUUUCUUUUUGUUACACGAGGAUUUUGUGUAUUGUUGCUGGGAAAAGAAACAUUUCAUCGAAAAAUCAGGAACAGACACUUUCAUCGAGACAUGUUAAAGAGAAAACGAAACGCAAAGCCGAAUUAAAAUUAGCAUUCCUUGUUAUAGUUGUAAUCGCAUUGUUCUUUGUUUCUUGGACGCCUUAUGCUGUAGUCGCGUUGCUGGGCAUAUUCGGGAGAAAAGAUCUUAUAACGCCUCUGGCUUCAAUGAUACCAGCUCUGUUCUGCAAGACCGCCGCCUGUAUCAACCCUUUUAUUUACAUAAUCACUCAUCCUAAAUUCAAAAAAGAGCUCCAGAAGCUUUUGUUUAGAGACAAAUCCCGACGUAUGACAGGAACGUUUAAGACUACUGUGACCACGGAGGCGUACAGGGCUCACAUGCAAAGUAAAGACCUUAGCGAGAGUGACGUAGAAGUGAUAGAAAUGAAAGACAUUCCAUAUUGCAUCCCGAAUUCAGGGAUGAAUACUAAUAAUAUAGAAACCAUAUCAUCUAGAGUAUCGGCAAGACAUGGGUCACAAAGAUCCCAAGGAAGCGUAAGCUUGAAAAGUUUAGAAGAAAAUGUUGUUCCACCGCCAUCUUGGUAUUCGAAACCAGCCUUUUCAAAAAAAAGAAGUUUCCAUCGUCGAUUAACUAAAAGCUCGUUUUAAAUAUUAUAAUCACCGCACAGUGAGAUGAUACUUAACGAAAUUAGCAGCUUCCUAUCCUGCCAUAGGUACUUAGUGGCAAGCUUACCUACUUCUACAAGUAGAAAAUUAAUAGCAGUAGGUAGGUAUGUACCUACUUACUAGUGUUUAGCAGGUUGUAGGAACACAGAGGUAAAUCCACAUGAAUAAAUUUAAUAUUUUUAAAAAUUGUUAUAUUUUAAUAAACCUAGCUACCUGUGCAUAGUUAGCUAUUAAUAUGUGCAUUGUUCAAUUUAAAAAUAAGUUAUAUAAAAUUAUGUAUAUUUACUUUUAAAAUAUAUUUUACU